GAGGAGAGGAGAUGAGAUGUAGAGAGAGAAAGUUGUUUUAGAGAGAGAGAGAGUUACAUGACAUCUGUUGUACUAGGGAGCACUAUUCGGGUUUUUAACAAUCCCUCUCUCUUUACUUACUGGUGGGGCUUUGUUCUUUAGUUGAGGUGAUGAAGCCAAAGAGACCCUCAUUUUCUGCUCUCUCUCUUUUUCAAACUAAACCAAACCAAACCGCUUUCAAACCCUAGUUCUAGAUUCUUUAUUCAUUCUCUAAUCUCUUUGCAUGUUGAUUGCUACAUGCAUUACAAUGAUCUGUAGCAUUCAAUAGAUGUCUUAAAUGGUAAAGUUGAUUUCCUUUCAAUGCAUUGACUUAUCAAGUAAGUUAUUUAAUACUUGCAACAUAAUUGAUGGCAGAUGGAAUUUAAUAUGCAUGGCCGGACCCAAGUCAUGUUGGUAGUUAUUUGUAGAGCAUAGUUAGAUUCUGUAUUUCUAGUGAGACUGCUCUUAGUUGGUAGAGAUGUCCUUCGGAACAUCACUUGAAGAUUUCUCUGAUGAUGGUUUUGAGGGAUCACAUGAUGAGCACCAUAUUUUCUCGGAGAUCUUCUUCGGAAAUGGCACUGUUGCCACAAGUAAGAGGUGUCUUGUUACUGGACUCAUUAACUUUGAACAUGACAACAUUAAGAAUAGAGAUACAUCAUUAUGUUCUAAUAGUGAAAAUUCAUCAGUGACAACACAGUCUUCUUCUAAAAGUUUGUUUGUGGAGAAUUCUUAUUAUGCAAAUGAAAAUUCUGGAGGGGCUUCAGGAUCAAGGUGUUUUCUGGAAAGAUCUGCUUUGGGAGAAAUGGAUGACCAGAAUUUGAGUGUCAAGCGAAUGAAGUUUUCAGUUGAUGAACCUGAAAUGAGAAUGGUUUUGAAUUCAACAUCAAUAGAAAAAGUUACUGGCUCUUCCUGUCCAGCUACAGACUCGGUGUGUCAAGUGGUUAAGCUCCAUUUAGUUGAAUCAUCUAGUCAAGGUGUUACAUCUAGUUGCUAUUUGUCAAAGAUACAUGGAGAAAGAGGUGGCGAGGCAAGUGACCCAGGUGUUACAAAGCAUGAAUUGCCAAGCUUAGAUGGGCAUGUUGUAAAGGAAGUGGUUAUAGGUAAAGCUAUUGCGUCACCUACUUCCCAGGAGAGUUUUGCAACCAGGCUCGUGGUGGCAAGUCCAUCUAUCACUGUUGCUGAGAAAUCUGAAUCUGCUCUACAUGUUGUAGAAACAGCCAAUGAAUACGAUUCAUUAGGAUUGGGUGUAUCUGAUGUUUCAUUGAAGCUUGAUCCCAAGACAGAUCCACGACGUCUUCUUCAGAAUCAUAUUGUUCGCUUAUUUACGAUUGCGGGCUGGGGUAUUGAGACGUGUAAAAGACCUAGUAGGAAAUAUACAGAUAGAGUUUACAGAUCACCGGAGGGGAAGUUAUUUCAUGAAUUCCCUAAAGCUUGGAGAGUGUGUGGUCAGACUUUAUAUGCUGACAGAUACAAUUUGGUGCAGGAAGAUGAGGGUAAGGAAUGGACUGAUAUUAAUAAUUUCUAUACUGAUUUAUUAGAGACAUUAACAAAUAUUGAGAAAGAAAUGAAUCACUCAGAUCUUGCUGACACAUUGGCUCAUCGUUGGAAUCUUUUAGAUCCCUUUGUCUUUGUUAUAUUUGUCGAUAGAAAGAUUGGUUCACUUAGGAAGGGAGAUGUCGUUAAAGCAGCACGAAAUGUACUAGUUGACAAGAGUGAAAAAGAUGAGGCUGUUUUGGCCCUGGAAAAUGUAGAUUCUUUGGAAACUUGUUGUUUUCAGAGACAGGUGCCUGUUCGGUUUUAUGAUACUUCUCUGGACACUAAAGCUUUGCUGACUGUUUCUGAGGGAAGCUACCGUGCCUGUAAUGUGCUAUCUGGCAAUGGAAGUUUCUCAAAGUUUGAUGAACAGACAAAUGAAAUUGGAACUAAGUGUCUGAUGGGUUUAUCUAUCUAUAUGGCUGAUAAAGUAGGUAUGUAUGGGGUAGAUACCACCAAUGUAACAGGUAGUCAGGGUUUUGGUAUGUCUGGGAAGAAAAGUAGCAAUGAUAUGACUUCUUUUCCCCCUUGUGGAUCAGAUAGUACUUGUAUCCAAUCAGGUGGUUGCCUUUAUGAUGUUCCUGGUGCUUCUGAAGAUGUUAACAAUGUUGGGCGGUCCGAAUCUGCUUCACCUCAUCAAGACAGCAACACAAUUUCUCCUUGGGGUGAUAAUUUAAUUUCUGAACAUGAUGCAGAAGCACCCAAAGAAACUUUAGGAGAUGUGUCAAUGCAUUUGUGGAAGGGAAAAGAAAAAAUAUUUGAAAGCCAAGUUACUGAUAAGGUGGAAAGUCAUUUGAAGGGAUCUCCAGAUAACUGUCCACACCACAAAGAUGAUUGUGUGGUUCAUUCUGAUGAGGUUGAAAAAACGUCUAUUGAACUUGAUCCUUCUGCACAUGGUCCUGUAACUUCAGUUGACGAACAGCAGUCUGGACACAGUGAAGAUGAGGGUGAGAAGUGCCUUAAAGCUUCGGAGUUCAAAACAGAUGAUAAAUCCUCUGCAUCUGAUAGAGUGAAAAAGAAGACACGCAGGAAGUCUAGAAGGAUAUCUGAAAUAAAAUUGAGCUCACUCUACCGAAGUGAAAUUCUGGAUAUGCCUGUGGCUACUAAAACUGCACCACAGGACAUUGAUGCAAGUAGCACUCUAUUAGAGACAGAAGAACUUCAGGAUUACCUUGUUCUAAAUACAAGAAAUCAAGUUAGUUGCAAAGACACCAUGGCUUUUAGCCCAAACCAGUAUCAGACUGCCAAAAAAGGCUCAAAGUUUACAAAGAGUCAUCAGAGCUGUGGUGUUUCUAGAAAUGGACGGAAGAAACCAGUUGCAUGCGGAAUCAAAGAUGAUGACCUGCUAGUCUCAGCUAUUAUAAAAAACAAAGAGUACAGCCUAAAUAGUAGUAGAUCUUCUUCGAAAACAAAAGCCUGUAAAUCAAAAAGGUGGACGAAGCUCAAGAACAGAAAAGGUAGUUGCAGGUUGCUUCCCCGAACCCCAGGUAAGGGGGGUAAGCUUUUCAAGAAUGUUAUGUGGUUCAUGGAAGGUACAAGAACCAUUUUGUCCUGGAUGAUUGCUGCUGGUGUCAUAUCUCUCAAUGAUGUGAUCCAGUAUCGAAACCCGAAGGAUGAUGCUGUGAUAAAAGAUGGUCUAGUAACUAGUAAUGGAAUCAUCUGCAAGUGCUGUGAUGAUGUGCUUUCUGUUUCCCAAUUCAAGAUACAUGCUGGGUACAAGCCAAAUCGGCCAUGUUUAAAUCUUUUCAUGGAAUCUGGUAAGCCUUUCACUUUGUGUCAGCUGCAAGCAUGGUCAGCGGAAUACAAGAGUAGGAAAAGUGGAACUGGAACUGGAACGGUGGAAACUGAUGAAGAGGACAAAAAUGAUGAUUCAUGUGGACUCUGUGGUGAUGGGGGUGAGUUGAUUUGUUGUGAUAACUGCCCCUCUACUUUUCAUCUGGCUUGCUUGUCUAUUCAGGAGCUUCCUGCAGGCAGUUGGUAUUGCUCAAAUUGCACCUGUUGGAUAUGUGGGGAUUUGGUUGACGAUAAAGCAGCUUCAAGUUUUUUUGACGCAUUAAAAUGUUCUCAGUGCGAGCAUAAAUAUCACAAGGCAUGCCUGAGAGAUCAAAAUGUAUGCAAAGGAGUGGUUUCUGAUACUUGGUUUUGUGGAGGAAGCUGUCAGGAGGUUUAUUCAGGUCUUCAUUCUCAUGUUGGGAUCAUUAACCAUAUUGCUGAUGGCUUUUCUUGGACACUUCUUAGAUGCAUUCAUGAAGACCAAAAAGUUCACUCCGCUCAACGGUUUGCCCUGAAGGCUGAAUGCAACUCAAAAUUAGCCAUUGCUCUUACUAUUAUGGAGGAAUGCUUUCAGUCCAUGGUGGAUCCAAGAACAGGAAUAGACAUGUUACCCCAUCUCUUAUACAACUGGAGCUCAGAAUUUUCUCGCUUGAACUUUCAUGGAUUUUACUCAGUAGUCUUGGAAAAGGAUGAUGUUCUGAUAUCUGUGGCAUCAAUCAGAGUCCAUGGAUCAGCUGUUGCAGAGAUGCCACUUAUAGCUACCUGCAGCAAUUACCGCCGCAAGGGAAUGUGCAGACGCCUUAUGGCUGCCAUAGAAGAGAUGUUAAUAUCAUUCAAGGUGGAAAAGCUUGUCAUAUCAGCUAUUCCCAAUUUUGUUGACACAUGGACAGAGGGUUUUGGCUUUGAGCCAGUGGAGCCAGAGGAGAAGAAAGCUCUAAAGAAGAUUAACUUGAUGGUCUUUCCUGGAACGGUUCUUCUUAAAAAACCCUUGUAUGGAGAUCAUAAAGCAGAUGGACAAACCGGACCAACUGAAGUAGGUACUUGUGAUGACUUUGAGCCUAUUGAUGAGUCUGUGGACAAAGCUGGUGCCAAAACAAAAAUCCCUGAUAAUGUACAUCAAGUUGAUCGAAGCGAUGAAGUUAGAGGUGAAAUGCCAGAGGAGGGAAUGGAAUUCGAGAACAUGGAAGAAGAUGUAGAUGAAGAAAAGCAAUCUCAGGAACAAUUUUCAAAGGUGUCCUGGGAAGAAAAGGGUUCUACUUCUGGAGAAAACAUGGUUGAAAUGAAUUGUAUUGGUGAAACCUCAUGUAUGGAUGACAAGACACAGGUUUCUUUGGACAAACAGCCACAAGGAGCCUUUGAGUUGAAUGAGAAGUAGAAAUGAAAUGUAAAUAUUAGAAAUUGUUUUUA